AUGAUCACUUCAUCAUACCAGAAGGUCUUGAGCUUUUGUGUUGAAAGGAGUUUGCUAUUAGCAGAAGGAGAUGGCUCGGAAGUUGGUAGUGAUUAUCGUUUUGGUAAUUGUUGCGACUGCGACGGCGACGGCGACGGCUGACUAUGUUCGGCCGAAACCUCGGAAAAUCUUAGAUUUUCCAUGGAAGGCGAGGAGUUCGUCUGAACCACAACAGGUACAUAUCUCUUUGGCAGGAGAGAAGCACAUGCGCAUCACGUGGAUCACUGAUAAUGUCAACUCUCCUUCUGUUGUUGAAUAUGGAACAUCACCUGGAGAAUACACAUCCUUAAAUCGAGGAGAAUCCACAUCAUACAUCUAUAUGUUGUAUAUCUCUGGACAGAUACACCACACUGUCAUUGGACCUCUGGAAGAUGAUACAGUUUACUUUUACCGGUGUGGAGGAGAAGGUCCAGAGUUCAAGCUCAAAACCCCUCCCUCUAAGUUCCCAAUUACUUUUGCCGUCACUGGAGAUCUGGGUCAAACAGGCUGGACUGCCUCAACUCUUGACCACAUUGGCCAGUGUAGCCAUGACAUGUUUUUGCUUCCAGGGGACCUCUCUUAUGCCGAUUACCAGCAGCACCUAUGGGACACAUUUGGUGAGUUGGUGCAACCGCUUGCAAGUGCAAGGCCAUGGAUGGUAGUUGAAGGGAACCAUGAAAAGGAGAUUAUACCAUUUUUCAAGGCAGGGUUUCAAGCGUAUAAUGCCAGGUGGAAGAUGCCAUUUGAGGAGAGCGGAUCAAAUUCAAAUCUUUAUUAUUCCUUCGAAGUUGCAGGAGUUCAUGUUAUCAUGCUUGGCUCUUAUGCAGAUUAUGAUGAGUACUCAGAUCAAUAUAGUUGGCUGAAGGCUGAUCUCUUAAAAGUGGAUCGGAAUAAGACACCAUGGCUGAUAGUGCUAUUUCAUGCCCCAUGGUAUAACAGCAAUAAGGCCCAUCAUGGUGAAGGAGAUCAUAUGAGGGCUGUGAUGGAACCGUUGCUUCAUGCUGCUCGAGUGGAUAUCGUGCUUACUGGCCAUGUGCAUGCUUAUGAACGCUCGAAACGUAUCUACGAUGGAAGAUCAGACGCUUGCGGAACUAUCCACCUAACUAUCGGUGAUGGAGGGAACAGCGAAGGUCUAGCAGAGAAAUAUUUAAUCCCACAGCCAGAGUGGUCAGCCUUCCGUGAAGCAAGCUUUGGUCACGGUGAGCUCAACAUUGUGAAUGAAACUCAUGCAUUCUGGAGCUGGCACAGGAAUGAUGAUGAUGAGCCUGUAAAGUCAGAUCAAGUGUUGAUAACCUCAUUGAUUAGUUCAGGAUGUCUUGACCAUUCCCUUUCAUCAGUAUAAAAUGUCCACGAAGCGAACCCUUUGUAAAUAUAUUUGGUUUGUGAGAAUAUAUCAUAGUGGUGUAUAA